CUUAUCUAAGGAGUAUUAAUUUCUUUACUAGUGCUAUCACAAACCUGAACAAUGUUUUAUGAGUACAAAUUAAUGUUUAUUUGUCACUUACAGUAAGUACACGCACAAGACUCUGACAUAGCUGUGACUCCGACAUAUAAGGAGGAUGGACCGGCGCAUGACUAUACUGGUGCUGCUUGCAGUCGCCAGCAUCGGUGCUUUGAGUGCUGCUAUUGCAGUGGGUAUCAUCCGCACCAGGCCAGAUGCAGCUGCGGCUGAAGAGGAGUAUGAUCUGGCCUUUUGCCAACCUCUGGUGAUAGCUCACCGCGGUGCCAGCGGCUACAUCCCUGAACACACCCUCGGGGCCUACGCACUAGCAGCCACCAUGGGCUCCGACUACUUAGAACCAGAUGUAGUCAUGACCAAAGAUGGAGUCAUCAUCGCCCGACAUGACAAUGAACUGGGCUUAACCACAGAUGUCGCACAACAUCCUGAAUUCGCCGACCGCUAUCGCACACAAACCGUCGAUGCAAAAGUAGUAAGUGGCUGGUUCACAGAAGACUUUACUCUUGCAGAGAUAAAAACUUUGCGUUCAAUUGAACGUAUACCUAAGACAAGACCAGGCAAUGCUAGAAUGGACACAGCUAUGGAUGUCCCAACAAUGCAAGAAAUUAUAGAUUUAACCAAAGGUCUUGAAGUCGGUCUUGGCCGGCCUAUUGGAAUUUACCCUGAAAUAAAACAUGGAACUCACUUCCAGCGUUUGGGUCUCGCUAUGGAAAAACCUCUUGUGGAUUUGCUGCACAACAAUGGUUACAGAGAUGCUAAAUCUCAUAUUUACAUACAAUCAUUUGAAGUAAACAACUUGAAGGAAUUGAAAAAUAUGACUGAUCUUCGAUUGAUUCAACUCUUCGGAAGCGAUUCUAGCAGUCAACCUUUCGACCAAGUUGUGCAAGGAACAACACUCACUUACGCUCAAAUGGCUACUGCAGAAGGGUUACGUGAGAUCGCGACGUACGCGUACGCGGUAGGUCCUGACAAGCGCUAUAUAAUUCCUCGCAAUGACGAGGACAAGUUGGGGACAGUGACAAGUUUUGUGCAGGACGCUCAUGCGGCAGGACUGAAAGUUCAUCCGUACACUUUUCGGUCUGAGAACGAAUUUCUGCCGGCCGAGUUCCGGAGCGAUGAUCCAUCACCAGACGCUCUUGGUGAUGCUGAGGGAGAACUACGAGCGUUCCUUGCCACGGGAAUAGAUGGGCUCUUUACGGACCAGCCAGAUGACUUAGUACGAAUUAAAAAUUGUGAUUGAAUUGGUGAGCUACUAGUGAAAUUGUGAUUGAAUUG